UAUUUGUCGUUUGAUGCGCCGUUCUCUCAUUGAACCCCUUCCUUCCUUCCCUGCCCUCCUCUCGAGUCUCCAGAGUCCAGAGUGGUGUCAACGAUCUAGAAAAUAGACUUUGUCUGUGUUUCAAAUUUGUAGUGGAGGUUCGUUCUCGGAGGAAAAUGGCUUCUUCUUCGUCCACAGAGGCUGAGGUUGUUGCAGAAAGAAGAGGAAUACCAGGAGCUCAGUUCGUGGAGGAUGUGCAGACGUAUCUAAACCAAUCAGGCCUCGACGUUAACUCAGCCCUCGCUUUUCUUCAAGAAAGACUUCAGCAGUACAAGGUGGUUGAAAUGAAACUUCUUGCUCAACAAAGGGAUCUUCAGGCAAAGAUUCCAGAUAUUGAGAAAUGUUUAGACGUGGUUGCAACUCUGCAAGCUAAGAAGGGAACCGGUGAGGCACUUAUUACAGAUUUUGAAGUCUCAGAGGGAAUAUAUUCCCGAGCUCGUAUUGAGGAUACUGACUCAGUGUGCUUAUGGCUUGGAGCAAAUGUAAUGUUGGAGUAUUCUUGUGAAGAGGCCACUGCUCUUCUUCAAAAGAAUUUAGAUAAUGCUAAAGCUAGUUUAGAAGUACUUGUGGCUGAUUUACAAUUCUUGAGGGAUCAGGUGACAAUUACCCAGGUCACAAUUGCUCGGGUGUACAAUUGGGAUGUUCAUCAGCGUAGACUUCGACAAGCUGCUGGUGUUGCUAUAGAAUCAUGAAAGGAACUUUAUCCAACCUAGAAUCUAUGGAGGUUGUAGAAGCUGCUUUCAGUUGAGAAUAUAGUCCCAAAUUGUCUUUACUUAAUAACCUAAGGUGAUUGGAUAUGGUCCUAUAUUUUUGUGCAAUUAGAUUAUAUUAAAUUAGGUGUUUGUUAAAUUGUUUCUCCUUUGCAUUUUCAAUUUGUUUUGUUCUCUGAAAGAAAAAUAUACUAUUAGGACCAGUUUUGGGUAUAUGAUGUGUCUGUCUUGAUAUGUACCAUCCUUGGUCACGUUAAUUUUUAGAUUGAUGAACAUGAGUUGUGUGCAAUACCAAUGAUGCUAAUUUGAUUGGCUAAUUUUGGUAGA